AUGAAGGCCUUGUGGAAGGUCCCUUUUUGCCUUUCCCUCUGGAACAUUUUAAUUUACUCAAAUUGUGCGAAGGUGACCAACGCAGAUCAGCUGAAAACCAGUUUGAGAAAUGGCUUUGGGCAGACUGGCAAUUUGACCGGUCAUGGGGAGGGGUUCUCCGUGCAGGGGAAUGACAAUGAGGAAGUGGACUCGGGCGGGCUCGGCCAUGCAGCAAAAGAGGUUUUGGGCGAUACAUUGGAAACAGGGCCUGCAGCAGCAGCAGCGGCGGCUAAGAACUGUCCGGACAAUGCACAAGGAUGCGAAGGUGGGGAUAAAUGUACUCACACAAAGGCCACCCCAGCUGUCAAUCACUCUACUUGUAAGGAAGAAAAAUGUGAACAUUCAGUAGCCGACUGUCCUGCCAAAAAUUCCAAAAAUAAAUGUGAAACGUGCAAGGGAAAAGAUUGCAAUCCGUGCCCAGGGGAAGGAGAAGAAACGGAUAAGAAGUGUCAAGGACAACAGUGCAAAAUAUGCCAAGGUAAAUGUUGUGUUGAAUGUAAAGGCAAAGAUAGCAAUGGAUGUACUAAACCAACUUGCGAAGUAUGCGGUGGAAAAGGAUUCGUUAAAUGUUCAACGGAAGAGAUGACCCACGUUUCAGCUGUCUGUCCUCUCACUUGCACCACAGUAGAUUGCGCUCAGUGUAAAGAAGGCGGUUGUGUUAAAUGUACACAAUGUGGGGGCGAUACAUCCAAGAUGGCCGCAUGCACCGUUUGCAAAGGAACGGGGUGCACUACGCACCCCGGAGCAACCACAGUGCCUUGCCCUGCCGAAUGUACUGAUCCUUGCCCAGGGGAGGAUAGUACGCCGUGUACGGACCCAUGCUGUACUCCAUGCCCAGGGGAAACCAGCCCUGGGGGUGCAGCUCCAGGAUGCACUACUCCAGGCCCACAGGAAAACUGCGCUGAGCUUGUAAAGCCAGAUUGUAAUCCAUGCCCAGGGGUAGGUGAUGGAGGAUGCAAAGGAAACAGUUGCACAUUAUGUGGGGGAUGCUGUUGUGUGGUAUGUCCUGGUAAAGGUGAAGAACAGUGCCCAGGAAAAAAAUGUGAGACGUGCCAAGGAAAAGGCUAUGUUGUAUGUAAAGGGGAAAACAGUUCUAAUGUGUGUAAGGGAGAAGGUUGUGAAACUUGCAAAGGAAAACGUUGUGUGGAAUGCCCGGGAAAAGACAAAAAUCCAUGCCCGGGAAAAGAAUGCACUGUAUGUGCAGGAAAGGGAUGCAUCAAGUGUCCUGGUGAAAAUAAUGUCGAAUGUCCACUGAAGGGAUGUGAAGUAUGUUCUGAGAAUGGCUUUAUCGAGUGCACAGAAACAGACAAUAACAAAUGCCCAAGAACGAAGCCGAUUAAAUGUCCCAACGCAGUGGGGGUAAAUUGCACCAAUGCAGAUUGUGAUGUGUGUAAAAGAAGAACCAUAACUGCAACUUCGGUGACAGAUCAGGCUCCCGCUAUAGAAUCAACGACACCUGUUGUGAGCCAACAAACAGUUGCUGUGCAGGCCGGACCGCCACCAGACCCUAACAGCUUACAAGAAGUAAAUACCAGUGAGAAAGAUAAGGAUGUCAGUUCGAAGGAGGAAGAAGUGUUGGUGGAAAAGGGGGUUGAGGACGACGCACAGGAUGGUGGGCACGAUGACGACACGGGGGAAGGGGGCGAAACGGAUAGCGCAAAUCAAGACGAUGUGAGUUUGGAGUAUGACGAUGAGGAGGUAGAGGAAGAAAAUGAAGACGCAGAAUAUUCGCAACAGAUAACAGAAACGCAGAAUGGGAAAAGCAACUCCCCUACUGUGGGACUUGAAUCUCUAAUCAGCGACGCCACCGUCCAUGAUGCUCUGGCGGAACAGUGCAAGGACAACGUGCAGGGAAAGAAAGAAGCCGAGGCCUUCGUGAACACUCUGCUGGAUUUACUAGACGGUAGCAACAGCGCAGCUGAUAAUGCCAUCAAGAAUUUGGCUGACGACAUUUCGCAAUUCCUCCUCAAGUGA